AUUCUCCUCUGUCCCUCGCCCUUCUCAUUCUCCAAUCUGCGCACCAUCCAUCUCGUCCGAGAGUGGAACUAGGCGAGCUAGAGAGCGUCGCGGUCUUUGAAGGGCUCACAAUCAUCAUGCCUCUCCUCGGCCUUGUUUCAUAUUGCCUUCUCCUCACCGCCCACAUAACAUGCUCCGACAGUCGUUCCCGAAGACCACCUAGUCCAGGCCCCUCAGGUGACUGCCGAGACAACCCCGUGUAUCCGUUGAAAACCCAACUUGAUCUACAAUGGGAAUCGAACUUCAGGGUAAUCGACUUACCUAUUUGGCAUGAGGCGACAUAUGCGACAAGUGAAGCAACCUAUGCUCCAAUCAUCCGUAAGUUCAAUCCUAUUGCAAGGCAAUCUUUGAACGAGAGCUUGGCAAUGUAGGAAACACGCGUGCGCUGGCAUGCUCUGGACGGUCAGCUUCAAUGGCUUCCCGUCGCAUCAUGAUUCG